AUGAGGAGGGGCGAGGAGUUUGAAUUCGAUUUUCGGAUUGAGAAAGAGGUGCAGCAAUUGUUCAGGGACUGGGCAGAGGAGACAGUGGCUGAAUACUUCGAAUCACGUGAGCAUUGCCAAUAUUGGCACCGACUGCUUGCGUCAGGUGACUUCUUGUCAUUGAAUAGGGUGAGAGAUCAAUUGCCACCUGCCUUGGUGGACUCAUAUGAUAAAUUACAAGAGACAAUUGACAAGUUUUUUAUGCCCAUGGGAGGUCAUGACAUGACAGAACAAGAGGAGAGGCUAGCUGAGGAGGAAGAAGAGAAGCAAUAUGAGAAGAGGACUGUUGAGGAAUUGACAGAGCUUAAGAUGAGGGCCAAUGUGCCGAUAGAUCUUGUAAGGAAAACGGUAAAGCUUGCUGGAUUCACAAAUUCCAUGGGCCGGCCACGGCCAAUGAAGCUACUUCUCUGUUUGGAUGAUGCAGAUAUCAUCAGAUGGUAUGCUAGCGUUGGGAGGAGGUGGCUAGAUUUCUUCUGUUGUUGCCGUAACUUCAAGGUGGUCAAGACUGUUGUCACUUACCACUUGAGGUUCUGCUGCUUCUUGACACUAGCAGAGAAGCAUGAGUGCACUAAGAGGCAAGCAAUUAGCCAUUUUACAAAGGAUUUAAAGGUAGCAAAUGAUGAUGGAAUGGCAGAAGUGCACUUCCCAACAGAACGUGAGAUCAAAAUGAUGGGUGAUAAAAACUUGUCUGACCCAAAGCCUGUGGAUGGUGCCUUGACGAUGAUAUUGGUGAGAUUAGCAGUUGAUGGCACCUCCUAUCCAUGCCUAGCACAUUUUUGUGCAAAAACAGAAACUGUGCUUUACAGAAUACGUUUGCUGCAAAAUCGCCUAAAUAUUGAUCCAUUGAAUGAAAAGAAAUGGGUCAAUGGAUUAGGUGCUAUUCAUGAGAGUCUGAACAAGAAAUGUCUCCCCUUGUGCUCUAUGCAUGCAAGUGAUCUCUUUCUUGGCAAGAUCACUCUUCAAGAUAUUGACUGUACUCAAUUUGUUGAUGUGGAAUGA